GAAACGGAAUAUAAAGCUAAAGAUAUCAGUGCAGAACUCGCUCACCCGUUAUUCGAAGUGAAGAUGAAGUCUUAUGAUGGUGUCAAAAGUCUGUGCGUGACGUGUAGAAAAUCAAUGUCACCAUAUCAUGCAUGGAAUCGCAGUCCUGUAUAAAACCAUUGCCAAAUUGCCGUUAGCUUUAAAAAUAACGUAGAGGCAGUGACAUUUGUGUAUCACCAAGCUAAAUCUCACUUGCACUUAUAAUUUUAGACUCAUCAGUAUCCAAAAGUAAUACUCCUUUUUCACGGUACUUUCUCACAGUUUCAACUGGCGGUCAUCGAAAAGUCCGCAAAUUAGCAAACUUCGGGGAGGUCGUAUCGAAAAACUUAAAAAGAUCUCAAAGAAAUGAAAAGAAGACCUAAAACAUCUAUCCUUAAACUAUACAGAAAGCUUAUUCUGAGGAUCUAUUUUGGCGUACCGACCGAUUUUUAGGCAGGUCUUUUAUGUCACUUUGGAGCCAUUCAGAAAAGGCAACGAAGUGCCUCUCCAUGGAUCUUAUACAGUAAGCAAUCUGUCACUAUAAACAAUAUCUAAAUUUUACCAAGGGGCGAGCUAUUUCUUCAUAGUAAGCAAUCAUUUGUUGGCUUUAUCCCGCUAACUUGAGAGAGCCACGAAUAAAGUGAAAUUUCAUUUCAUCAUGUUGAAGAGUUCAUUUUGGUUCAAAACGGACCCAACCGAUUUUAUUUAAUUCCCCUUAUAAACGCAAAAAAAUUAGACCAAAUUAACCCUCUUUUGUUAACUACGAUACAAUAUUCUAUCAAUGUAAAACGUAUCAGCGAAAACGAAUUUUGAGCUGUGUCAGUGCGAUUUUGGGAUUAUCUCUGAGUACUGACGUUGACUAUUCAUACCCACUGCAGAUUGCUACAAAAUUUAUUCUGGGCACUAAAUUAAAUUAUUCUCACUCACCUCAGAAUUAAAAUAUCUGUACUCCGGCUACGUUUCUGGUAAAGCGCACACGAACAAACCAAGAAUUUAUACCAAAUUUUAACUGUAUGUGGCCUUUUCAAUCAUUACCAAACCUUGCAAUCACUUUCACUCUUAUAAGCUAAGCUUAGUAACAUAUGUCGGAAGUCAAUGUCAUUGACAAGAAAAACAGGCGGUUUUAUGUUUCUGAAGGUACCCUAGCCCGCCACCCACUAAUGGCCUUGUCAAUAAAUAUAUCGCAUUCAAUCCUGUUCAGAGGCCAAAACAAGAGUAUUCAUAAUCUAGACUCGUUAACGAUGCGAAAGAAAAGGAUGCUAUCUCUAACUGCAAUUUAAAAGACACUUCACGUUUUGCAAAGGAGGGUUACCUCUUAACUUGGAACAGACAAACCGUCAGGCCGGUAAUUGUCCUUAGAACUAAUUAUAGAUGUCUAUUGACGUCACUAUAAUAAAAAGGAUAGUUUUAUUGCGCACAACUAUCCUUAGAACUAAUUAUAGAUGUCUGUUUACGUCACUAUAAUAAAAAAGAUAGUUUUAACUGCGCAUUUCCGAGGCUGUGUAUCUCAGUGAAAAGGGGUACCGGGAUCCUGCGGGGAAAAAUUAUGUCACUCUCUCAAUGUUUUUUCAAAGAAGCAGUAAAGACUAUCUGGGUCAAGUUUUACAAAUGGCAAUUUAAUUAAAGUACCAACGGAAAUUACUUAUUUUAAAGGUAAAUCUAGUGAUUUCCGUUCGCAAAGCUCUAACUGAACAACUCCCGGUUUUCCCUAUCAAAUAGCUUUCUCAGUUACGGACAUAUUUGUCAGACGUACGAGCGGUGUAGAAUUGGUCCUUAAAGGUGCACUGUCAUAUUAAUGCAAUGUAAUGCAAAACAAAUACCUCCUUAGCUUGUGUAAGCCACCCCCUCCCCUCACACAGACCGAUACCUCUUCAAUUCAAAUGAUUUGUAGCAGCUCCUGGAGCUACCAAAAAUAUUUGUAUAAAGCUUGAACAAACACUGCACCUGGACUUUAACGACAUUCAAUGUGUCGAGGAAGCCGUUUAGUUAAGAAAGUUCAGAAUGUUAAGCUUUUUCAGCCCACACAGUCUAAUUCUGAUCUCAGUGGUCGGAAGUUCUAGCAACAUCUUCUUCAUUGGCUUUAAUUGAUCCUUAAGGGUGCUGGACCAUACCCCCACAAAACAGCAUUUUGGUAACUUUUAGGAUGUUAACCAUGUUAACUGGUUCUGGAAUUUUCAAAUGAACGGCACUCGCCAUUUUUUGCGAGGGAAGUCCGCCCACUCGGCAGUGAACUAAACUGCUGAGACUUUGCAAUCGCUUCGACAAUCGAAUCAUCCAUCCAUUCAUUCCUUUUUUUUAAUUUAUUUUUAUUUUUUUUUUUUCAAUCGACAGUAUACAGAAAUUUAUAAUACAUUAAAGAUAAUACACAUUUCUAACUAAAUCUUGAAGAGUAGGCAAACGUGUGAGAAAUUACAGUGUUUGAAUGAAAACCUGAAUGUCUAAUAAUUUCCGUAAAACGGCUGUUCUGAAAUAAUCAAUAAAAUAUCAAUUGUAAACUAAAGCUACAAAGCAAAGGAUUGCGCUAAUUUUUUUUUUUUUUUUUUGGCGGGGGGCGGGGGUUGGGGGGCGUACCUGUUCUUAAAUUUUCCAGGGGCUUUCUUUGGAUUUUCCUUAUAUUUGGCUGUUAUUUUUCCCCGGAUUUUUUUACAGACAACUGUAUAGAAAAUUUUAAAAAGUGGUUCUAGAGCUUCUGGCUAUUUUAACCCCACCAAUUUUUUUUUAUUAUAAUUUAAAUUUAUAGUUAUUUUUGUUUUUAAGAUAAAUACAAUUUGUAAAAAAUGUUAAAUAAUUAAAUUUUAUUGGUAUAUUAAAUUAUAAAUGUUUUGUAUUUUUUUUUUUUUUUUUUGUUUGGAGGGGGGGGGGGGUUGGGGGGCGUACCUGUGCUUAAAUUCUCCAGAGGCUUGCUUUAGCUUUCCAUAUAUUUGUCUGUAAUUUUUCCCCGGACUUUCUUACAGACAAAUGUAUAGAAAAUUUUAAAAAGUGGUUCUAGGUCUUCUAGCGCAUGUAACGCCCUCAAUUCUUUUUUAGUAGAAUCCUUAGGAGUGAAGCUUUAGUUGACAAUUGAUAUUUUUUUCAGAACAGCUCCAUUCUACGGAAAUUAUUCGACAUUAGAUUCUCAUACAAAUACUGUAAUUUCUCACGCAUUUGCCUACACUUCAAGAUGGCGUCCAAAACCGUGACAAGGUCUGUUGUUUACAAGAUCAAAUCUUUAAAGUGCUAAAGGCAAGGAAGCCUACAUAGAAGCCGGGGGCUUAUAAACUAUGGGCUUCCGGGAUCAGAAAAGGAUUCCCACCCCCUAGCGAGGGUGGGUCAGGGUUAAGGUGUACAGUCUAACACGAGAGCUGUCACGUUCUUACAUGUACGUUAAGUGGUUCGUACUUCAGUUUAAGGUAAUUUAAAAUAUACUUGCAACAAGCAAACCUUUACGUGCUACGACUGAUUUGUGAGUCAUUAACAUAAUUAUACCCUCAAUGUUACUGCCUUAAACACAUUAUUUACUAAUAGAUCACUUCAUGGAGCCGAUUAAGUAAUCGGCUCCUGAUCACUUCCUCUUACGCUGCUCCCUCGUUGUAGCCUUUUUGGGGACAUUACAAAUGUCAGGCCAACGACUCUAAACAAUAAUUGACAUUAUCGAUUACAAGAGACUUGUCGAACAAUAUAAUUCUGUAUAAGGUUUUUGAUAAAACGAAACACAGACAUUAAUAUAUAAACUAGAACGCGAUAAGUUCUAAUAGAGCGUUCAAGCCCUCAAUUCCCUUCCCCUUCCCUUUCGAACGCCUGCCACGCAGGCUAUCAAACUGACGACGAUGACAGCAUUUAACAUGGCCAUGCUACACCGGACGUUUCACAACGACGAUUAUCAGUGUAACACAGCGUCGCAGCAUUGUCGCAACAUUGUUAUCAAAUGGUAAAAACGAAAGUUUCAACGUUGUUGUCCUAAAAAUCGUCGUCGCAAUAGUCUCGUAUAACAUCACUUUUAAACGACUGGUCAUCCCCAUUGCAAGAAUCGUAUCAAAAUUAAAUGAGUUUUAGCGAUAUCAAAAACACAUCAUAUAUAUGAAUUUAAAAAAAUGUUUAAUUUCCCUCCGGUGGAACUCACUUAUUUGGCCUAAACGGGUAUGUGCCGCUGAAUAGGGUAAUUGAUUUUCAUGGUCUUCAGUCGAUCUCAAAGUUUAAACAGGGUAAUAUAAUCAAUUUCACUAAGCGUGUAUCGUCACACUUUUUGGUCCCAUUCUUUGACCCUCACUACGAGAUUACGACAAAAAGGCUCUUUUCCGUUUACAAGGGUAAACCAGUCGGAUCACAGUUUGGGCAAAUGGUAAGGAAAUUUUCAGACUAGUUUAUGGCAUAAGAGGGUCCAGGAUUCUUCAAUCCCACCCGUCAUCCGGGCGUAAAUUUUGGCUCAAUCCGUAAACCCGACUUUCGAUCCCGAAUCUCGCCCUAUUCUGAAUCCAAACCUUCAAAUAAAACCGUAUCCCUGAACCCGAAAAAUGUAUUGGGGGCCGUAAAAGAAAAAUAACGCCGGGAAAGCCUGAACUUUAAUUUAGUUUAGGGUCGCCGCUCGUCUACUAGAAAGGGAGAACGAAGCGGUAUAACGUUAGUGUGUAAGUUCAUUCGUAAGUUCCCCAUCAAAAAAUGUUAAUAACUACGCUUCAUGGAUGGCGUGUAACGUUAUUUAAGAUAUCGACUUCAAAAAAAUCUGCCUAAGUUUGACAAACGGAGCGUGUUAGAUAAAACGAUGAGGAAUAUAUAUUUUUUUAUUUAGCAUUUCAAUUUUUGAAAGAAGUUGGGGGGUGCCAUAAUAACAUGAAAUGCAUCUUGCACAUGUCGACAACAACUCUUGUUUGUCUCAUGAUGUUGAAUUGUUUGUUGUUUGUUUGUAUAUGAAAUAAAUUGAAGGGCGAGUUUUAUCAAGGACACAUGCAGAUUGCCGUUAACUUCGUCCAUAAAAAGGAAGAAGAAAAGCCAUUUCGUUUUUUUUUUGUUAUAUAUAUAUUUGAUUUGAUUUUUUUUUGGGGGGGGGGGGGGGGGGGGACUAGUAUUUUUUUUCCAUAAGACGAUAGUUAGGAACAAGGCAUUGAGCUGUAUCUGAAUUAAUGAAAUUGAGAAUGCUUUCAGUUUUAUGAAGCUCUAUUAAUAUUAUAGCUUUCGUGGGGUCAGUUUAAAGUUUAAAAAUAUAUUUAGUAGAGGUGCCUGGUUAGGUGACCUUUUAUUAGCAUUAGGUGGUCCCCAUAGCCAAUAUCUAAAAGAAAUCCAUUCAUUUGGUGACUCUAAUAAACACCAAAAAAAGCCGAAUCACGCCUGAGGCCAUCAGUAUACAGGCAACCGAGGUAGUUCAAAGUGAAACUGAAAUUUUGAAGUUCCUUGCCUGAGUUCUACGAAUGCAGAUAAAAAAAGCUGUACAUCAAUAUUUAUAUCUUGAGCUGGAUUUUGAGAACAUUAGGUCGCGAAAUAGGCCUUUUCCUUCAUCUCCAACAUAAACCAACAUAGUUAACAUAAAAACUAAAAGUGUAACUAAUGCAAUUCUAUCCCCCCACCCCACCACGUCCUUUCUUUCUCCUCGCACUUAAAAUCACUUCUCUUCUUUUCUUUCGUCACUUGUGAAUUUCGGUCGUCAUCGGACGCAAAAAAGCGUUCCUUCUGGCCCUUUUCGACGCAGAUGGCGCCAAAUUUCGCUAAGUUUGUGUUUUUAAAAAUCCAGCUUACUUUAUCUUGUCAUUAUCAUUAAGGUCACAAAUUGCCAAGCCGGCGGCGCCGGCCUACUUUAAUGCUUAUAAGUAAGUCAUAACAAACUAUUUGCUUACUUAUGACGAACACCUUUACGGUGGAACAUAACUCAUGAAUAGUUCCGUUAGCAUUACUAGAAAUAAAAUGCAAAACAUAACAAAGCUAUUUCCCCAAGUUUCCUUCUUCGCAUGUCAGUAAACAACGUAAAUGAUAAUUACCAAGGUAAAACACAUAACCUGCCUUAACCAAAGACCAAUAAUAGUGCAUUCAAAACAUAAAUACUAGAUCACCACAUCACCUCGGGUGGUCUUCCUACACAUAUUCCGUUAUUGAAUUAUAAGACUGAAAUAAGAUGAAUCGAAACAGAAACGUAACUUAGCGCCUCAGGAGGUCUUGUUCGUGAUCUCAUGUAGUUCAAAACUCAAAGCAGUUGAUGAAUCAUCACAAACUUGUUAACAGCCAGAGGCAGCAUUGUUGCGAAUUAGGGAUAUGGAGUCCAAAAAGUUAUUUGUCUUCAUAACGUUAUUGUUUAUUCUAAGCUGUGAGCUGUUAAGCCGGACAAGUUCUGAUGCGUUUGAGGGGCCAAAACGGAGGAAAUACAGACGACGAAGGCGACUUGAUCAAAGAAGACGUUUUGAAAGACGGGAAGAUGCUUUUGUGUCUUCCGUCUUAAGGAAGAACUUGCACGGCGUUUCCAAUUUGGUACUGUUUUGUUUUAAAUUAGAAAUAACAAUCACUAUUCUAUACCACUCUUAAUUACCAAAAUUUGAUAGCCAAUUUGAUUUAUGAAGCUCUGAGUAGGUUAAACUGAGAACUUGGCAAUUUAUUGGCCAUUUAUUUGUUGGAAAAUCACUAUAGAGUAUACUUGAAUUGCUGAGUUACUAUUCUGAAAAAAAAGUAAGAAAGAAAAGUUAAAGUCCAGAUCCUGUGUUCUCUACUUUUACCUAAAGGAUAAACUUUAUUUUUAUCUUAUCUUAUUUCCUCACUAUGGAGUUUUGAAUAACUAAUCGUUGGACAAUUUGUCAGAAUUUUUUUUCCUAGAGCACUUCUUUAUUCUAACUCCAAGCCUUAGUCCAUCACAACCUCAGUGUUGUACAGCUUUUUGUUGACUAUUAGCGAGCCAAACGAAUUGUGUUUAUCUAGUGGUAAAAGACUGAAGAAAAUAAAGGGAAAAAAGCCACAUUGAAUCGAAAAACAUUGCGGAAGAUAAAUCGCGCACAGAAUGGAAGAGGAAGUUGGAACACCGACAAAAGAAAAAAAUUACUAACUUGAAUAUAGUACAAGAAAGAAUACCGCUUGCUUUGUUUGCACGUUUCCAUGCGUAAAUACAAAAGAACAGGUUGAAUCAACCAUGCUCAGUACUUGUUUACGACCUGCAGGUGGAAACGUGCAAGGUAUUUGGCAGUAGUGGAAUUCGGUUUAUGACUAUGGCGGUAACAUCACAAUAUGCCGCUGUGAUGUUACCGCCAUAGUCAUAAACCGAAUUCCACUACUGUACUUUUUAGGUUUGACUAUUUUCUGAUUAUUGUUUGUUCUUUCUUUCUUUCUUUUUUUUUUCUUUUUUUUUUUUUUAUGGCGGUGGGGGGUAUUCUAAUUAUUUAGUUAUUCUUUAUGCCAUAUUAUUUCCUUUUCCACUCUGCCACGAGCCCUAUUUAAUUGUUAUAACUAAUACAGACUGCAUAUAAUCAUUUAUUUAACGGGCCUGAAGAAAAAAUAUCAAGCACGUGGAAAUUUGUUUUGUUGAUAUAAUUAUAUUAAUUCAUUUAAUCGUUUAUUGAUACAUGAAGUUUAAAAGAUAUGACAAUUGUUAUAAUCACUGAUCUGUGGCAUUAAUUUGUUUUUAAUUUGUCAAUUACAUCAGGACACAAGAAGAGCACAGCGUCGAAUGGCAAGCGUUCCACUUUGACUCCAGAUCAGCUGACUUUAAACAAACGGAAAAGAGACGUACCACCGUAUUAGAGAGGCAUGAUUUUUAAGUACACAUAGGGUUGACAUACAGUGUGGAUUCAGACAUGAUAAUACAAACACAAAGGAUAAAAUACUGGUUAAGAGAGAGUAAGGCGAUGGUCAAAUGAUUUUUUUGUUGUGCCAAGUUCUCAGUUUAGAUUCACUUAAUCAAAUAGCAGGGUUAUACAGCCCGAAGGUGCUUUUAUUAACACAAACUGUGCAUCUAAACUAGUCGUGAAACGUCAAUCCAACAUUGCAGGAUUUAAUACUUAAACCGACAGCUAAUAUCAAUGACAGCGUGGUUAAAAGCUAACCAGCACCUCUACAAAGAUGAUCGAUAACCUGAUGCUGGAAUAGCAAAGCAGUGAUGAACAUUGGAGUACUGACCAAACUUUAGGCUGGUUUUUCACAACGGAGUCGGAGUCGGAGUCGUAAUCAGAAGCGUAGAGCUUAUGAUCUAGUGAAAACAGCGUUCCGAUUCCGUUUACGACUCCGUCGCUUACGUUCCGCUUAUGAUCUAGUGAAAACCAGAUUGUGGGGGUCAGAAGCAGAAGCGGAAGAACUAAACCAAUCACAAAGCGUGAGAACGUGCAUUGUGAUUGGUUUAUCCUUCGACUUCUUCUUCCGACUCCGACAAUCUGGUUUUCACUAGAUCAUAAGCAGAACGUAAGCGACGGAGUCAUAAGAGGAGUCAGAAGAAAUGGAAACGUGCUGAUUCUUCUGACUCCGAUUCCGUCGAGCUUAUGACUUCGCUUACGACUCCGAUUUUUGAUCUUCGCUAGGUCAUAAGCGCUCUUACCACUCCACUUACGACUCCGACUCCGACUUCGACUCCGAUUCCGUCGCUAGGGGAUUAACAGUGUAAAGUCAGAUUAAAACGAGUAAAGUCUUAUUUAAAGGAAGUUGUGAUAAUCAAAACAGACGAAAACAGACAAGUAGGGCAUAUCAUAUAAAUUUUCUUGAAGAUUUUAAAGACUGUAGCAAUGAAUAAAAAUCGUUUAGUACCGUAGUCCAGUGUGUACUGGGCCUCUUAACUAAGCUUUUUGGGGUGAUUUUUCAUUUUUCACUUUCGGUAACAAAAUACUUCUUACAACAAAUGUAUAUCGGAAAAUCGGCCCCAAUCAAAUUCUGUAUCUGUAUCUUCGUAGGUUCACAAAAGAAAAGAAAAAACGUUAAAAAUCUAGCAAGUAGAAUUUCAAAAAAAAAACAGAAAAACUAACGCUGAAAAAAGUUGUCAUGCUCCAUCUAUCUGCUUAAGCGAUAAAUUCGUACCUGGAUCCUAGAGUUUCAGGAUUUAUUCUUUCGAAUUCACACUUUUCCAGCCAUUUUCUCGAGGCACACUGUAGCAGGAGCCGUGUUGCCUCAAAAUUAACUACAUCUAUCUGUCAUUUUUAGCAUAAGUUCCCCUGACAAAAUAAACGGCUAAUUGUAGAUCAUGAAAAAAAGGAAACGAACCGUUAACUUUGACAUCGACAUACACAAUUCAUUUAACAGACGAAAAGGAGUAAAACAAAACAAAUAUUAUUGUGCCUGACAAUCGACAAAAUGCCCCUCCAUUCCCCAUAACGGAUGAAGCGCACGUUAGAUACUCAAAAGAAUUAAAUAGAAUUUUACUUAGCUUUUAUAUAGAUUUCAUCUAACCUGAGAUUCAGAAGUUAACUAAAAUUAAUUCUAAAAAUAGAUUCUUUUCGACUUCAUCGAUAAUGACACUUUAAAAUAACAUGUUUAAAACAAAAUGAGAGUUUAAUGUUUUAAAACAUGUGUCGAUGGUUAAGCAGAAACAAAUCAUUUCUUAUUCAAAUUCAGAACUGGAAAAAAUAAGAGUUUCGUUUAUUUUGUCUCGACGCUUUAUUAUUUAAAAAAACGAAAUAGGGCUGCUUACUGCAUGAGGGUUACGUAAUCAAUCAAAGAAUCGUCUUAAGGCCUUAAAGAAACUAGUUUGGUUGAUCAGGGAGUGUUGUUAUCCGAGAAAAAUUUAUUAUCUAUCUUCGGGCCUCUUUUAAAUUGUCUUUGAUGUCCUUUCUCUCCUUUAAGUGAUUCCCUCCAAGAGUAUAUACUCUCCAGGCAUCUCCUUUCCACUUGUUGGCAAAACUCUCUUAGUUCAGCAUUGGUGUUCACCUUAGGUAAAGCAAAAAGAAGAAAGAAAGAAAAGAAAAGAAAAUGUAUAUAUAUGUAUUAAUGACAACUCUGCCACGAGCCCUAUUUAAUUGUUAUAACUAAUACAGACUGCAUAUAAUCAUUUAUUUAACGGGCCUGAAGAAAAAAUAUCAAGCACGUGGAAAUUUGUUUUGUUGAUAUAAUUAUAUUAAUUCAUUUAAUCGUUUAUUGAUACAUGAAGUUUAAAAGAUAUGACAAUUGUUAUAAUCACUGAUCUGUGGCAUUAAUUUGUUUUUAAUUUGUCAAUUACAUCAGGACACAAGAAGAGCACAGCGUCGAAUGGCAAGCGUUCCACUUUGACUCCAGAUCAGCUGACUUUAAACAAACGGAAAAGAGACGUACCACCGUAUUAGAGAGGCAUGAUUUUUAAGUACACAUAGGGUUGACAUACAGUGUGGAUUCAGACAUGAUAAUACAAACACAAAGGAUAAAAUACUGGUUAAGAGAGAGUAAGGCGAUGGUCAAAUGAUUUUUUUGUUGUGCCAAGUUCUCAGUUUAGAUUCACUUAAUCAAAUAGCAGGGUUAUACAGCCCGAAGGUGCUUUUAUUAACACAAACUGUGCAUCUAAACUAGUCGUGAAACGUCAAUCCAACAUUGCAGGAUUUAAUACUUAAACCGACAGCUAAUAUCAAUGACAGCGUGGUUAAAAGCUAACCAGCACCUCUACAAAGAUGAUCGAUAACCUGAUGCUGGAAUAGCAAAGCAGUGAUGAACAUUGGAGUACUGACCAAACUUUAGGCUGGUUUUUCACAACGGAGUCGGAGUCGGAGUCGUAAUCAGAAGCGUAGAGCUUAUGAUCUAGUGAAAACAGCGUUCCGAUUCCGUUUACGACUCCGUCGCUUACGUUCCGCUUAUGAUCUAGUGAAAACCAGAUUGUGGGGGUCAGAAGCAGAAGCGGAAGAACUAAACCAAUCACAAAGCGUGAGAACGUGCAUUGUGAUUGGUUUAUCCUUCGACUUCUUCUUCCGACUCCGACAAUCUGGUUUUCACUAGAUCAUAAGCAGAACGUAAGCGACGGAGUCAUAAGAGGAGUCAGAAGAAAUGGAAACGUGCUGAUUCUUCUGACUCCGAUUCCGUCGAGCUUAUGACUUCGCUUACGACUCCGAUUUUUGAUCUUCGCUAGGUCAUAAGCGCUCUUACCACUCCACUUACGACUCCGACUCCGACUUCGACUCCGAUUCCGUCGCUAGGGGAUUAACAGUGUAAAGUCAGAUUAAAACGAGUAAAGUCUUAUUUAAAGGAAGUUGUGAUAAUCAAAACAGACGAAAACAGACAAGUAGGGCAUAUCAUAUAAAUUUUCUUGAAGAUUUUAAAGACUGUAGCAAUGAAUAAAAAUCGUUUAGUACCGUAGUCCAGUGUGUACUGGGCCUCUUAACUAAGCUUUUUGGGGUGAUUUUUCAUUUUUCACUUUCGGUAACAAAAUACUUCUUACAACAAAUGUAUAUCGGAAAAUCGGCCCCAAUCAAAUUCUGUAUCUGUAUCUUCGUAGGUUCACAAAAGAAAAGAAAAAACGUUAAAAAUCUAGCAAGUAGAAUUUCAAAAAAAAAACAGAAAAACUAACGCUGAAAAAAGUUGUCAUGCUCCAUCUAUCUGCUUAAGCGAUAAAUUCGUACCUGGAUCCUAGAGUUUCAGGAUUUAUUCUUUCGAAUUCACACUUUUCCAGCCAUUUUCUCGAGGCACACUGUAGCAGGAGCCGUGUUGCCUCAAAAUUAACUACAUCUAUCUGUCAUUUUUAGCAUAAGUUCCCCUGACAAAAUAAACGGCUAAUUGUAGAUCAUGAAAAAAAGGAAACGAACCGUUAACUUUGACAUCGACAUACACAAUUCAUUUAACAGACGAAAAGGAGUAAAACAAAACAAAUAUUAUUGUGCCUGACAAUCGACAAAAUGCCCCUCCAUUCCCCAUAACGGAUGAAGCGCACGUUAGAUACUCAAAAGAAUUAAAUAGAAUUUUACUUAGCUUUUAUAUAGAUUUCAUCUAACCUGAGAUUCAGAAGUUAACUAAAAUUAAUUCUAAAAAUAGAUUCUUUUCGACUUCAUCGAUAAUGACACUUUAAAAUAACAUGUUUAAAACAAAAUGAGAGUUUAAUGUUUUAAAACAUGUGUCGAUGGUUAAGCAGAAACAAAUCAUUUCUUAUUCAAAUUCAGAACUGGAAAAAAUAAGAGUUUCGUUUAUUUUGUCUCGACGCUUUAUUAUUUAAAAAAACGAAAUAGGGCUGCUUACUGCAUGAGGGUUACGUAAUCAAUCAAAGAAUCGUCUUAAGGCCUUAAAGAAACUAGUUUGGUUGAUCAGGGAGUGUUGUUAUCCGAGAAAAAUUUAUUAUCUAUCUUCGGGCCUCUUUUAAAUUGUCUUUGAUGUCCUUUCUCUCCUUUAAGUGAUUCCCUCCAAGAGUAUAUACUCUCCAGGCAUCUCCUUUCCACUUGUUGGCAAAACUCUCUUAGUUCAGCAUUGGUGUUCACCUUAGGUAAAGCAAAAAGAAGAAAGAAAGAAAAGAAAAGAAAAUGUAUAUAUAUGUAUUAAUGACAAUAGCAGGAAUAGCCCGAAUAAUCCUAAGCCGUAAUUUAUUAAUGGAAUAAACUAUCUGCAUGCCUUGAUCCCUUGAUAUUUUUCAUAAUAAAAAAUAAAUUAAAUUUUUUCAUUUUGUUAUGAGAAAAUUCAAGACUCGAGUUUGAAGAACCCAGAUGACUUCCUAAAUGCAAAGUUUGAAAGCCAUGUAAAGGUUCAAAGUCGUAUACGUCGAAUACCCGACCUCAAAUCAAACAAAACGGCCACUUCCUGUUCUUAAGACCAUUAGAAACUUCAAGUAAUUGUUCUUUAUUUUCCGUUAUCAUAAACUGCAGGUGUGUGUACCGUGAGUUUGUUGAAUGGAUUGAACAAUAAAAUAAACCCGCACGCAGGCGCAGGUGGGGUUCGGGCAGAGAAGAAUACAAUACAACAAAAGGUUACUUUAGAGAAGGUAAAUAAACAUAAAAAAAACUCCAUAAGUCGAUGAUCUGAAUCAAAUAAGUUCAAAACAGCUUUGUUGCAAAGUCUAAAAUUUAAAACGUGGUCUCUUUAAGACGGAAUAAAGUUAGGUUAUUUCAUUUUGACAACAUCUGCCAUAAUCACAGUUUAAUUUGUGAGAAAUACAGAAUUGAUAUUAACGAUAAAAAAUAAAGGGGACAAAUCUGACUUAAACCUAUAUCCGAGGUGUUCUUUGUUCGGCCCAUUUUUUGCAGAGUGCUUUUUAAUCAAAAAAUGAGGCUUAAAAAAAAUAAGAUAAAAUAAACCAUACUUUCCUUUUAAACUGGCCAAAUUUGUAAGCCUAGGAAACGUUUCAGAAAUUCGUUUUUAAAAAGAGAGGAAAAGCAAGCGAUUACGUAUCGAAUGACAUUCAAACGUCUUUACGAUAUUUUAUAGAUUGCUAAGAAUAAUUGAAUGCUUUUUAAAAUAAUUCACCUGAAGAUUUUAGAAAAUAUAUUAUACAAUGAUAUUAUUUAAAUAGCUCUUUAGUUAAUUUAAUAAUACGCCAAGAAACCGAAGCCAAUUAAGGAAGGCUUUAGGUAACGUUUCAUUUAUACAAACAGGGAACCAGUAUAAACAAAAAUAAAAAGAUGGUAUCUUCAAUCCUCAAUGCGUGUAUGAAAAAGGAAGAAACAAUUAAGGCCUUUCCAUGACAAAUUUUCCAAAAAACAAACAUUCAUGAACUGAACACCAGAGUAGGAAUUAAAGUCAGUGACUCAACCGACAAGUAUUUGUUUUUUCUUAAAAGUAGAACAGCAGGUUAUAUGAAGCUGUUAAAUAAAUCUUAAUCUUAACAUGAGUCUGUCGAUGACAUCCUUAACUGAAAAUAUUUGUAUGUUUACAAUCGUUUUCACUAUACAAGUAAAAGGUGUUGGAUAUGGAGAUUGUAAGCUUGAUGUGGGUAUAUCUGUGAUGUCAGUUUACAUUUACGUAGUGAUACUGCCUAAGUUUGUGAGCUUUUGUGGAUAAAAUCCUGAGGAGUAAGCAUUAACCGACAACUUUUAUGUGGAGUUACUUUGCGAUAUCUACCGAUUUUUCUAGUAGGAAGUAUGUACAAGUUACUUCAAAUACCUCUGGAGCUAAAUCACGUUUUCCAUGUCUAGUGUGCGCUAAAAACGACAAUGAUGGCGGUAAGAGAAGAGAAAACAGAAGUAGAAACGUCGUAGCGAAGAUUUUUGUCUCCAUGAUCAAUUACGUUUCCAAUACUCGUUGCCAGCUUUCGUCUUACGUCAAAAGCGAUAACCAAUUGAAAACAGACUGUGAAGUUCUCAAAGCCAAAGUCCUUUUAUAGUGUAACCUAAGCUAGCCGCAGGGUAAGAAAAAGCCAAGACAGGGUUCCGGGCCUCGUGAUAACAGAAUACUAUUUGAAAUAUUCGAUUCAAUUAUAUUGGCUUCCCUGGAUGGCGUGCUUGAUCCCAGUUUCCCUCCCACUCUCAGCGAUUUCUCAUUAAUAUUUUGAGCAAAAGAUAGCGUAGGUAAAACGACACCAACGCCUACUUUUUAUCGAAAGAAUAAACUACCAAAAAAGACAUUUAAUCAAUUGUUGCUUUUUAAAAAGUAAAUAUUUUACGCUGUUUUAUGGUUUAUUUUACACUUUCCUUGCCCUCUUUGCAAUGUUUGUAGCACGCAAAUUACAACAUUAACAAAAUAACUGAAGCAGAUCGGUUGUCUUAGAAAUGCUUCUUGUAGCUUGCUGUUUUAAAGGAACUUACAAACACCAAAGAAUAUGAUAUACAUGUGGACAAGGGAACUUUUAACUUAUCUUCUCCACUAGAAACACUAUAACAAAAAGAUUUUGUUAAGACUUUUUUGGAAAUGUUGUGAUUGUCUGGGCUACAUUAAGUUCCACUGAGAUAAAAUAGGACAGUACCGAUGUGAAAAUAUUUUGGUCGCUCAGGCAUUUGUUUUUAACUGUUACAUUUAUUUUAUUUAGUUUCAUGCCUAUGCUUUAAAUUAUUUAAAAAUCACACUUUCUCAAAAACGUUAAAAGGAAAAACACACGUCGAGAAGGAAAGAUUCAGUCAGGCCCAGGAAAAGCUAUGGUGUAUCGUAAGUACAUGGUAUUGUAUGAAGGUACACUGAUUUUAUCUCUUAUUAAAACAUUUGCAGAAAAAUAAAUAACUUCUUUUGUCACAGCAGGGUUUCUUUAACUAAUCCUUAAAAUCUGCAAGAUGUAAAGAGAUUUUAUUUUAUACAUUCACAUUUCCGUAAAACAAAUCCCUCCUUAAAAAAUGAUCCUACGAUCCGCAAUAAGACACUUCCUCUUGUUUCAAAGUGCGGCUCUGGUGCACGUAUACUUUCAAAGUAUCAUAUCGGAUAUGAAAAAACAUUUUCACCCACACGUUACUGAAAUAUACUCGUUUUCAUGUGAAUGCUUGUGCGCCAUACUUUACUUUGAUAAAAAUGCUUUUCCUCAUUACAAUUUAUCAGCUAUUUUAGAUCAUUAUAGAACAAGGUUCGGCAGGCCAAAGGAAAAAAGGACAUAAAAGACGGCACGACUUUGGUGUAAGAGUCAUUUAUUUUAUUAUUUGCAAAAUGCAGGAGUGUUUUCCCGACUGGUAUUCAUUUUAUACUUUCGCAAAUCCCCACGCCUUUUGUUCCAUUGACUCGAGAAUUAAUUCCAGCAGAACGCUUUGAACGUGAAAAUCCUUACGCUCAUAUAUUGUGCUAGGUCUCAGGUAUAAUCAAACGUCUUAUUACGUAAUACACGCCCUCUACCUCUUUCGGCAUCAAUUAGAUAUUUUCGAUUCAAAAUCUUUUGGAUAUCUGUAUAAGCCAGAUGAAAAAGAAAACUGCUUUUCCUCUCUUCUAAUCUAAUAGUCGAUCAAGAAUUCUAAUAUAAUAAUUUACCAAUCUUUAAAUAAUAUUUGGCGAAGGCUAAAAUGAUAUAGGGUUAUUUUACAAAAAACUAGAGAACAUACAAUAUAACUGCAAAAUGUGAAAUAACAAAACUUUAGAACAAUUUCAGAUUUGAGAACUUGGGUAUAUCCUUUUCGACUGACCUUUGUCCCUAAUUAUACUAGGCGUCAUUUGCUUAAGUUUCCACGUUCAUUAAAAUAAAGCCUGAUAAAAAACGGAAAAUUUGAUAUAAAGAUUAAUUUAUCACGUUUAUUUAAUAAGUGAAAUGAACCGCAACUGUAGUGGUUUCUUUUUUUUUCAAGUACUAGUGUCCUUUGGUUCAUUCUUUGUUUCUUCAUUUCAUUUUUAUUUUUUUGGUAUUUAUUAGAAAAUAUUAUUUCGUAUCUAAACACUGGUCUCGUUUAAAAUCCUAAUUUAGAGGUUAGCCGAAUAAUUCGCUUCCUCUUAAAGAUAGUUUCAGUAGAUAACUAUAAUUAAAUCAACGAAAAUCGAUCAACGUCUUCAAUUUUAUCCAUGUUGUCGUUUAUAGUGAGGUUUGUCGACUGAUUUUUGGUAUUCUAAAGUUUUGCAAUGGUGAUUAGGAUGCGGGGAGUUAAACAAAACAAAAAAUCGCCACCUUUUUUCUAAACUGCGGACCCAAAGUUUAGGCCUUUUCGGAAGAGAUCCUUCCGAUUAUGAGUAAAUCGUACUAUCAAAAUACACCAAUGGGUAGUUACUGGGCUUGACUUAUAAUCCCCGCACAGCCAACAUCGAUCAUGAAUAAAAUGCAGCAAGAGGUCUAAACGUCAUGAUCAAUAUCAAAGUAACUAUCAUGCAUCAAGGGUUUAACCUUAUCACACACAAGCUAUGCUUAUUAUAACAACGGAUCUUUACCCCAGCAUCGUUUGUUAAACAAGGAAAGCAAGAAGAGUUAAAAACACACAUAAUUAUUUAACCGAGGCAAAAAUUUUUGAAAAUUAAAGGGAAACAUUCUAUGAAGAUGACUGUUUUUAGUCAAAAGUUUCGCGUUAUUUUCCUUUUGAAACUCCUUUAAGCUUGUAAAGUUAAAAGUUUUAAAGCAAAUGUUAUGGAUUAGCUCGAUUAGUGCAAGUAAUCUUAGUUGUACGUUUAAUUCAUCCGAAAAAAAAAAGUAUAAAUUGAAGUUCUUAUUAAAUGGGGCGAUGCAACUUGAAGUAAAGCAACUUUGCGAAGCCUGAUAAUGGAAGAGGUUAAACCUUAGCUUGACAAGCUUUUCCGUCACUCAUUGACAGCCAAAGGUACUAACAUUAAGUGCAGUUUAUCACAAUAAUAAUUUUAAUCAAAAAAUGAAAAGAAGCAGAACUCUAAUAACUUUUAUUUUCAGUAAUUCUGGUUUUUAUACAAAAUGUAUGUUGCCAUGAAAAAAAGGUGAGGAAAUUUCCUCAAUAGCACUAUACAAAGGCAGGUACUACUUUUACAAUUAGCCUGUUUAAGACUAAUAGUUUCACUUGCGGUUUAUUUUUCUAGAGUUACCGUGGUGAAAAUAAGGGCUGGAGUUUUUUCAUGAUAAAUUCUUUAAAACCAAAUAUGUUGUCUCUCUCUUUGCAAUUCCAGCUAAAUUUAUUUGUGUCUUAUAAUGGCCCUUCUUAAAGUUAAUCAUUGAAAGCAACGCUAGUCAUUUGAUGUUUACUGACUUGAAGCGGAUUUAGGUGUUAACGAGCAUUAAUAAUUGGAGAUGCGCGAAAAAACGGUCAAACAUGGUCGCCUCAUUUAAGUGUUUUUUUGUAUCUUGACAUAAUUGUUUGUUACAAUUUUUAUUAACAAUUUACAUUAAGUACAAUCUCUUUCAACGGGCUAAGCAAUAAAUUAACACGUAAUAGAAUAUCCAGAAAAGAAAUUAUUUUCCCUAAAGAAGGAAAUAAAGUUAAGUCGAUUAUAUGGUUUAAUCGUUUACGCCGUUGUGUGAAAAGCGGGUCGAUUAAUUCGAACGAAAUCGCCAAGUUUUUCUCAGAGCUUAUAAAGUGCGUUCAAAAGCGAUUUUGUUAGAAUCAUCUCCGAGAUAGAGCUAGUCAAGAGUCAUUUCAUUUAUCGGCAGAAUGACCAAGAUAGGCAGUGUAGUGGCCUUGUCCUGUUUUCUUCUUCUUUGUCAACAAUUGAGGCAAAUUGACAGUUUCGCAACCAGUUUGAUGCCAGGUCAAGGGAAAAGAAACCUAGCUUCCGGUAAUGUUUACGACCGGGAAAACGAACGAAGUAAACUUUGGGGAAAGGAUGUUGGUAAGUAA